CGCCGCGUGACCCAAAUCGCCGGCCCGCUCGUCCGCCUAUAACUGAUCUCUCAGCAUCCCGAUGCUUCAGACAACAUCGAGACCAUCGCAGCGUUCGAUCGCCCUCCGCUCACAACCGUGGUACAUGUGACGUUGUUUAUCUCUCACGCACGGUCUUGCGGUCCAUAUAGUUGUAUAAUUUUGAGGCCUGUGGUUCAGUGAACUUAUAUAGAACCACAUCACAUCAAACCGUCGUCAUGUGUGGACGCCGCGAUUUCGCGGUGCUGAUGAUCGCUCUGGUGCUGUUGGCACUGUCCGGAACUCGGGGCCAACCGACAUCCGAUGCCCCUGCACUACCGGAAAAAACGGCAUCUGCCCAGACUGCUGCUGAUAUUAACUCCGUCAACCCGACUGCCACCACAUUUUUCAAACCCGAAAAUGGUUUAACCGAAAGUAUGAAAAAAGCCAUGUGGAAAAGGUGUGCGUCCAAAAAUUACGUGACGUGUGCAAAGCUGGCGCUGGUGCAUCUCGUGGACCGUCUGGAACGAGCCAACGACAGCUAUUCGCUGGUGUCUGGUGUGACGGUGUCCAGAGAAAAGUACCACGCGGAUGUCAACGACAUCGGCGGUGGAGACGUAGCCGCGAAAACAAUUACAGACCGCGACUCGUCCGAGACCUUUGACCGAUUGAUCGUAGACAAGUUGAGUCGAUACUUCAGCACGCUUACGCUUAACGUCAAGCUAUUGGACGACGCGACUGUUCAGUCGGUCCGGAAGUUGGGAGAGGCUGCAGCCGACGCGUCCCUUCAAUCGGGCAGGGGCAAGAAGCAAAAGUACGCGCAGUCCAUCCUGCUGGCCGGAUGGGUGACCGGGGCCAUGCUGCUGGCGCUCGGCAUGAAGGCGAUCGCCGUGCUCGCGGGCAAGGCGCUGAUGGCGGCGCUGAUGUCGCUGCUGCUUUCGGGGCUCGCUUCCUUCCGGGGCGGACAUUCCGAGCCGAAGAGCACCACCUACGAGAUCGUCACCAAGCCGGUGUACUCGCAUUCGCACUCGACGGCCGACGACACGCACGCCGCCGGCUCGCAGAACAAUCCGGCUUACAGGCGGUCGAUCGGCGGAAGUGGCGGUGUCGCGAGCAGCGGAAGUAGCGGCGGUGUCGUCGGACUGCAACACGUGCCGGCCCCGUCGUCGGCCGAGGACGCCGACCACGUCGUGUACCGCAUCCACACUUCCGACAAGACGCCCAUUUACAUACCCAUCAUAGACCGCCGCCGACGCCGCCGCCGCUGAUCCUUGUAAUAAUAACAUGAAGACCCGGCCAAUUCGUGUUUGACCUGUACUAUUAUCGCUUGAUAUUAUAUUAUGUUGUUUAUAUAUAUACGUCAAAGACAAUAUUCAAAUUCUAAUUUAUUAAUAUUAUUGUAUCUUUAUAUUGUACGUCGUUAUUAUUAUUAUUAUUAUUAUUAUUAUUAUUAUUUAUUAACCGUUUGAUAAUAUUUAUUAUUUAUACCGUGACACUAUGCUGAUUUAUGUCUACAGUGUAGUAAGCAAGUUUAUGGUUUAUGAAAAAUACAAAAUAAAACAUUACAA